AUGUAUUGGAUUUGGGGAUUAAUUUUGUGCAUUGGAGUCUUUCUCUGGUGGUGGCAGAGAUCAGCAAGGCUUUAUUGGGAGAAGUAUGGAGUAUCCUACAUAGCAGGACCUCCCUUCAUUGGUGCUCUAAAGGAUCUUAUCAUGUUAAGAAAGAGUUUUGCUGGUCUUUUCUUGGAUGUUUACAACUACAAGAAGUUUAAAGAUGAACCAAUCACGGGAGUUUAUUUCUUCCAUAAACCAUGUUUGAUUAUUCGACAUCCAGAAUUAAUAAAGAAUAUCCUCGUCAAGGAUUUUUCGAGUUUUAUUGACAGAACCAUAAGCUGUGAUCCACACGAAGAUAUAAUUGGUACAGACAAUUUAUUUGCGGUGAAAGGUCAACGAUGGAAAAACAUCCGAAAUAAAGUUUCACCUGUCUUCACCACUGGAAAACUAAAGAAUCUCUUCCUGUUGAUGGUGGAUGUAAGCAAAACCUUAGAACAAAAGCUUCAAGCAGAAAUUGGGGAUGAAGCAAAAGAAUACGAAGUGAAAGAAUUUGUUUCAUUCUAUACAACAGAUACGGUAGCUCUAUGUGCUUUUGGUGUUCAGGCCAAUAGUCUCCUGGAUCGUAAUGCUGACUUUCAUAAGAAAGCCAAAAAAACAUUUGAAUUGAACUGGAAACGAAUUUUUUCGUUCGGCUCGUGCUUUUUCUUCCCAAAAUUUGCUACAUGGUUUCGUAUUCAGUUUUUCUCGAAGGAAACAAAUGAAUUUAUAAGAUCUUCAAUUAACUAUGUUAUGGAGGAGCGUAUUAAGAGUGGAUCAAAGCGCAAUGAUCUCAUUGAUGCUCUCAUUGCUAUGAGGGAGGAAGAUUCGGAGCUCUUCAAAGGAGACACUCUUGUAGCUCAAGCUGCUAUUUUUCUCGUUGCUGGCUAUGAAACAUCAUCAUCUACAACAGCUUUUGUUCUGUACGAAUUGGCACGAAACCCAGAAAUCCAAGAAAAGGUCAGGAAGGACAUUAUGGAUUAUAUGGCGAAAUACGGGUCUGUCCAAUAUGAGACAAUACACGAAAUGGAAUACUUACAUUGCGUCCUUCAAGAAACUCUUCGCAUGUACCCAUCUCUGCCAUUUUUGGAUCGAGUUUAUUCACCACCAGAAGGGGAAGAAAAAUAUUUCCUGGAGCCGUAUCAUAGUUUUGCUAUUCCAAAAGGAAUGCCAAUCUACGUUCCCCUCGUAGCCCUUCAAAGAGACGAAAAAUAUUUCCCAAAUCCAACAGAAUUUAUUCCCGAAAGAUUUAGCCCAGAAAAUCGAGACUCCAUUAAUCCAUACUGCUACAUGCCUUUCGGUGCUGGACCACGAAACUGUAUUGGAUCGAGAUUCGCGAAUUUGCAGGUGAAGUUGUCUCUCAUUACAAUACUUCGGAGUUACAGGGUUGAAGCUACCGAUAGAACCCCAAAGUUUAUUGAAUAUGAUGAGAAAGCAGUUGUGAAUACUUCAAAGCAACCUCUUUACAUGAAUUUGAAAAGAUUAUAA